UUUUAGUAUUUUCCUAUGCAGAAGAAUAAAUGGUAAUUAAAAUGUGCAGGAUGAAAAGAUGGAGCAGCCAGUGCUUGUACCACCAGGACCAGACAGCUUCCAAUACUUCACUAGAGAGUCUCUUGCAGCUAUUGAACAACGCAUUGCUGCAGAAAAAGCUAAGAAUUCUAAACAAGAUCGUAAAGACGAUGACGAAAAUGGGCCAAAGCCAAACAGUGACUUGGAGGCAGGAAAAACACUUCCAUUUAUAUAUGGCGACAUACCUCCAGGAAUGGUGUCUGAGCCCUUGGAAGACAUGGACCCCUAUUACAUCAAUAAAAAAACCUUUAUAGUAUUGAAUAAAGGGAAGGCAAUCUUCCGAUUCAGUGCCACCUCUGCCCUGUACAUUUUAACUCCCUUCAAUCCUCUUAGGAAAAUAGCUAUUAAAAUUUUGGUACAUUCAUUAUUCAGCAUGCUUAUCAUGUGCACUAUUUUGACCAACUGUGUAUUUAUGACCAUGAGUAACCCUCCGGACUGGACAAAGAAUGUAGAGUAUACGUUCACGGGAAUUUACACAUUUGAGUCACUCAUAAAAAUCAUUGCAAGGGGCUUUUGCUUAGAAGAUUUUACUUUUCUUCGAGAUCCAUGGAACUGGCUUGAUUUCACUGUCAUUACCUUUGCAUAUGUGACAGAGUUUGUGGACCUGGGCAAUGUCUCAGCGUUGAGAACAUUCAGAGUUCUCCGAGCUUUGAAAACAAUAUCAGUCAUUCCAGGCUUGAAGACUAUUGUGGGAGCCCUAAUUCAAUCUGUGAAGAAGCUCUCGGAUGUUAUGAUCCUGACUGUGUUUUGUCUGAGUGUAUUUGCACUAAUAGGACUGCAGCUGUUCAUGGGCAACUUGAGGAAUAAAUGCCUGCAGUGGCCUCCAGAAAAUUUUACUCUGGAAACAAAUAUUACUUCCCAGCUAAACAGCGCCAUAGGUGAAAAUGGUACAUUGGUUAAUUCAACAGUGACUCCAUUUGACUGGAAGGGGUACAUUGAAGAUGAAAGUCAUUUUUAUUUUCUGGAAGGGCAAAACGAUGCUCUGCUUUGUGGAAAUAGUUCUGAUGCUGGGCAGUGCCCAGAAGGAUAUACAUGCGUUAAAGCUGGUAGAAACCCCAAUUAUGGCUACACAAGUUUUGACACCUUCAGCUGGGCUUUCUUGUCACUAUUUCGCUUGAUGACUCAAGACUUCUGGGAAAACCUUUAUCAAUUGACACUGCGUGCUGCUGGGAAAACAUACAUGAUAUUUUUUGUUCUGGUGAUUUUUCUGGGUUCUUUCUAUCUGAUCAACUUGAUCUUGGCUGUGGUCGCCAUGGCCUACGAAGAACAGAAUCAAGCAACCUUGGAAGAAGCAGAACAGAAAGAGGCAGAAUUUCAACAGAUGCUGGAACAACUGAAGAAGCAACAAGAAGCAGCUCAGGCAGCAGCGGUGGCAGCGGCAGCAGUAACGGCAUCCGCAGAAUCCAGGGAGCCCAGCGCUGGGGGAGAAGCAGGAGGGCUCUCAGAAAGUUCCUCAGAGGCAUCAAAAUUGAGCUCAAAGAGUGCAAAAGAGAGGAGAAAUAGAAGGAAAAAGAGAAAACAGAAAGAACAGUCUGGAGGAGAGGAAAAAGAUGAAGAUGAAUGUCACAAGUCUGAAUCAGAAGAAAGCAUCAGAAGGAAAGGUUUUCGAUUAUCUAUUGAAGGCAAUAGAUUGACAUAUGAAAAGAAGUAUUCUUCUCCACAUCAGUCUUUGCUGAGCAUUCGCGGCUCCCUGUUUUCUCCGAGGCGCAACAGCAGAACAAGUCUUUUCAGCUUCAGAGGUAGAGCAAAGGAUAUAGGAUCAGAAAAUGACUUUGCUGAUGAUGAGCACAGCACUUUUGAAGACAAUGAUAGCAGAAGAGAUUCUCUCUUUGUGCCGCGCAGACAUGGUGAACGGCGCAACAGUAACAUUAGUCAGGCCAGUAGGUCAUCCAGGAUGCUGGCAGUGUUUCCAGUGAAUGGGAAGAUGCACAGCACUGUGGAUUGCAAUGGGGUGGUUUCCCUGGUUGGUGGACCAUCUGUUCCUACAUCGCCUGUUGGACAGCUUCUGCCAGAGGUGAUAAUAGAUAAACCAGCUACUGAUGACAAUGGCACCACUACAGAAACAGAAAUGAGGAAGAGAAUAUCAAGUUCUUUCCCCGUUUCUAUGGACUUCCUGGAAGAUCCAGCUUUAAGGGAAAUGAGUAUUGCUAGCAUCCUCACAAACACUGUGGAAGAACUCGAAGAAUCAAGACAGAAAUGUCCGCCAUGUUGGUAUAAAUUUGCAAAUAUUUUCUUGAUCUGGGACUGCAGUCCGCAUUGGUUAAAAGUAAAACAUAUCGUCAACUUAGUGGUAAUGGACCCAUUUGUUGACCUGGCUAUUACCAUUUGCAUUGUUUUAAAUACACUCUUUAUGGCUAUGGAACAUUAUCCAAUGACCGAUGAAUUCAAUAACGUACUUUCAGUCGGAAAUCUGGUCUUCACUGGAAUCUUCACAGCAGAAAUGUUUCUCAAGAUAAUUGCAAUGGAUCCUUACUAUUAUUUCCAGGAAGGCUGGAAUAUUUUUGAUGGUUUUAUUGUUACCCUUAGCUUGGUUGAGCUUGGUCUUGCAGAUGUGGAAGGACUCUCAGUUCUUCGAUCAUUCAGAUUGUUACGAGUUUUCAAAUUGGCAAAAUCUUGGCCAACACUAAAUAUGCUGAUAAAAAUUAUUGGUAACUCCGUGGGAGCUCUGGGUAAUCUGACCCUGGUGCUGGCCAUCAUAGUGUUCAUUUUUGCUGUGGUUGGGAUGCAGCUGUUUGGGAAAAACUACAAGGAAUGUGUCUGCAAAAUCGCAAGUGACUGUGUACUUCCACGCUGGCACAUGCAAGAUUUUUUUCACUCUUUUUUGAUCGUAUUUCGAGUGUUGUGUGGAGAAUGGAUAGAAACGAUGUGGGACUGCAUGGAGGUUGCUGGCCAAGCCAUGUGCCUUACUGUCUUCAUGAUGGUCAUGGUGAUUGGAAACCUAGUGGUACUGAACCUAUUUUUGGCCUUGCUCUUGAGCUCAUUUAGUGCAGACAACCUUGCCGUGACAGAUGAUGACAAUGAAAUGAAUAAUCUCCAAAUUGCUGUAGCAAGAAUGCAAAAGGGCAUAGAUUAUGUGAAAAGAAAAGCACGCGAAUUCAUCCAAAAAGCUUUUGUUAAAAAACAAAAAGCUUUAGAUGAAAUCAAACCACUUGAAGAUUUGAACAACAAAAAUAGCUGUAUUUCUAACCAUACAACUGUGGAACUAAGCAAGGACCAUGACUAUAUUAAAGAUGUGAAUGGAACAACUAGUGGCAUAGGCACAGGUAGCAGUGUGGAAAAAUACAUAAUUGAUGAAAGUGAUUACAUGUCAUUCAUAAACAACCCAAGCCUCACUGUGACAGUGCCCAUUGCUGUGGGUGAAUCUGACUUUGAAAAUCUAAACACAGAGGAAUUUAGUAGUGAAUCAGACCUGGAAGAAAGCAAAGAGAAGUUAAAUUUGUCUAGUUCAUCUGAAGGUAGCACAGUUGAUAUCGGACUUCCUGCAGAAGAGCAACCAGAAGCUGAACCUGAAGAAGCCCAGGAGCCAGAGGCCUGUUUCACAGAAGGCUGUGUACGAAGGUUCAAGUGCUGCCAAGUAAGUAUAGAAGAAGGGAGAGGAAAGCAGUGGUGGAACCUUAGAAAAACCUGCUUCAAGAUUGUUGAACACAACUGGUUUGAGACUUUCAUUGUCUUUAUGAUUCUUCUCAGUAGUGGAGCUCUGGCUUUUGAAGACAUAUAUAUUGAACAGCGCAAAACUAUCAAGACCAUGCUGGAAUAUGCUGACAAGGUCUUCACUUACAUCUUCAUUCUGGAAAUGCUGCUGAAAUGGGUGGCCUAUGGCUAUCAAACAUACUUUACUAAUGCCUGGUGCUGGCUGGACUUCCUGAUUGUCGAUGUCUCUUUGGUUAGCUUAACAGCAAAUGCAUUGGGUUACUCUGAACUUGGUGCCAUUAAGUCCCUUAGGACACUAAGAGCUUUGAGACCUCUAAGAGCUUUGUCACGAUUUGAAGGCAUGAGG